ACCCGCCACGGCAGGCUGCCCACGGGCCCCGCAGAGCCCAGGGAGCACACAGUGCCCAGGCGGUUUUGCAACCGGCAGGACCGCCAAGCUAGAAGCUUCUGGAAGGCAUCCAGAUCCUUCUAUAACCAGGACUGCUGCUGCGAGCCCAGAAGCCCCCCUCUCACCCUCCAUCGAAGAAAAGGUCAUGUUGUGCAUUCAGGAAAACGUGGAGAAGGGCCAAGUGCAGACAAAGGCCACGUCUGUGGAAGCCAAGCCACGGCCCGGGCCUUCCUUUGCCAGCUGGUUCGGUUUUCGGAGGAGCCGACUCCCCGCUCUCAGCAGCAGGAAAAUGGAGGCCUCCAAACCCAAAGUGGAGAAGAAAGACGCGAAGGGCUUGGGCUUUGGACACAGGCAGCUGAAAGCAGAGCGGAAAAAGGAGAAAAAGAAGUCUGAGCUGCAGAGCGAGGUGGAGAGUGAGCUUUGCAGGGACGCGGCGCUGGCGGGUCCUCCAGGCGCCGGCUUCCACAGCAAAAGUAGCCGGAAGGCAGCACAAGACAUUUACGAGCAAGUGAAGUUGGAACCGAGAAAUAGACCCAGUCCUGUUGCAUGUCCAACAAAAGAUACCUUUAUGACCGAGCUUUUGAGCAGAGUUGAUAAGAGAGCAGCUCAACAGACAGAAAGUGGAUCAAGCAGUGUUUCCUGCAGGAGCGUGUUAAAGGGCAGCUCCCAGGGCUCCUGUCGCACCAGCGGCCCCAGCAGCACUCAAGGAAACCACAAGAAAACCCUCAAAACCAAAGCCGAGGCAGAGAUGCCCAAGGGCUCCCUGGUAAAAGAGACAACUGAAAACCUGCAAGAGGAUGAAGAAGAUACAGUUGUAGAUUCUGCAUUUCAGAGUCACAUCAUAGAGUCCAACUGCCAGAUGAGGACCCUCGACAGUGGGAUCGGAACCUUCCCACUCCCAGACUCGGGGACUCGCUCAGCCGGACGGUACAUAUGCCCGGCAGACCCCUCAGGGGACACCGAGCCUGACCUGUGCCUCCAGCCGGUCCUUUGUGCAGCCCCUUCCAUCCGAGCCCAGACCCUUGAACGAGAAGUGCCUUCCUCCGCCGACAGCCAGGACUUUGCAGACAACGCCAUCGUUCACUCCACGUCUGACCCCACCAUGACUGCCAGGGGGACGCGGCCUCUGCAGAGUCGCCUCCCCAGACCAGCCGCCUCAGGAAAAAUCCAUUCCCAAAAGCAGAAUGACGCCGAGCCACGGCCUCAGACCUGCUCGUCAGUAUGUGCUGAGAACACACUGGCCAGGGAGCUGCUUCCAGACUGGCGGGGUGAAGACCCCCCUGCGGACACCCAGAAAUUGAAACAAGUUGAAGAAACAAAAGAGGAUCCUGAGAAUAGAUUAUCUAAAAUUUCCCUGGAGUCGUUCAAUAAAUAUAACAGCAAUACUGUGAUUUUAUUAGAAAAAGACAACUCUCCGAACAAGGUUGAAGGACGGAAGGAAGAAAAGGAAAAAAAUGAAGAGGCAUCUUUGAGUAGCUCAGACCGGCCUGGGGUAGACAAUUUGGAAUCUUUGAGUGAUUCCUUAUAUGACAGCUUCUCUUCCUGUGCGAGUCAGGGUUCGAAUGAUGCAUAAAGGACUUUUCCCCCUCAGUGAGCUGGAAAUGGAGCACUUAAGAGUCAGGGGUUGGGAGGGGCAGGUAGAGAUGACAACAGUAAACUAUUACAACACCAGAGCCUGCGUUUUCAGGUUCACAGCAAGCAACCCACUGGAGCUUUCUUCUCUGACAGAGCAAUAAAGAUAGAUUCCAUGUGCUGUGUGUCAUAAGGAUUAAAAGUAAACACACCCAUGAUACAGAAGUCUUAAUUUUGCACUUUUUAAAAUAUUUAUACAGAAGUUGUAAAUUUUUUGGAAAAGAAGUUAUAUUUGUAGCAAAAAUAAAUAAAUGGAAUCCGCGCCAUGCUCUUGAAAUGAUGUACUAAGUCUUUUAGAAGUUGAUGAUAAUAUAUUUUUUAAAAUUCCAGCUAAAGUUUUUGUCCAGUUCAUCAUCUUAGUGCUUAAAUUGUUUGUGGGUACACUCUGAAAACCUAAAACAGGGCCUGCAAAAACAAACAAACAAACAAAAAAACAGAGACUAAUUAUAAUCUCCAACUGCCAAUCUUGAUUUGAUAUAAACUUUAAUUCUAGUGCAAUUUCAAAAUUGCUGCCAGAACUAUCCAGGCUUAGUGAUAAGUAUAAUUCUGCUUCUACUGAGAAGUGUAAAGAGUACUGAAGUGUGCCACUGAUCCGUGGGGAUGCGUAUCAGAAGUGACCUAAUUCUGUUUUCAAUAGCAGAUCUUCUUUCCAAACAUUUCCUUACAUCCUCCUCUACUGCGUCCUUCACUAUGAUGCAGAACAUUUUGGUUGAUUUUUAUUUUCCAGCUCUUUUUAUUAAAAUCUGGGCAGUCUAGAAUGAAAGCAAAUUUCUAUUUACGAUGUUCACUUU